UCCAUUUGAAUUGCCGUACGUCCCUACCUCCCAAUGAGCUUAUAAGAAUAUAUAGGAGUUUAUGCUCACAUUCCAGGAGCUACUAGCUAGGCUUGUUAUUCGAUCAUGGCAACUCCCAUUUCUAUCUCCCCCUCCUUCCUCAGGGUUUUCUUUGGUUGCUUUGUGUUUUUUAUCUGCGUAAUUCUCCGCUCGCCGGAGAAGGGCUUUGCUUCGGCAGAAGGAGAUACAAAAACUGACCUUCUUCCACAUACUCACACAGUUGAAGUAAACUCUCUGCAACCAGCAACCACCUGCAUCCUCUCCACCCAAGGUCCUUACAAUAAUAAGGAAUCAGUAUUGGAAGUGGUACACAAGCAUGGGCUAUGCAAUCAACACAAAUCACAAAGUAACCCUACUGAUCAGGAUCGCACUCAAAUCCUAAAGCAAGACGAAGCCCGAGUCAGCUCAAUUCACUACCGUCUUAACUCACUUACACUACCUGACGCCGCCACCAAUACCAUCCCCGUACAGUAUGGUCUGGAACUUGGAUCAUCCAACUACAUUGUAACAGUGGGCCUCGGCACACCGGCCAAAAACCUCUCCCUCCUUAUCGACACAGGCAGCGACCUAACUUGGACACAAUGCCGACCGUGUGUCCGAUCUUGUUACAAACAGAAAGAGCCAAUGUUCGACCCCUCUCACUCCACCUCAUACUCCAACAUCUCCUGUGAGUCCGCUGCGUGUUCUCAGCUCACAGUGGCCGGCAUUGGCCGCGACUGCUCCGCCGCCACUUGCACUUACAGCGCCAAGUAUUUAGACAACUCCUCCUCACUCGGCUUCUUCGGCAAUGACAAGCUAACAUUAACACCGACGGAUGCUUACGAUGAUUUCGAUUUUGGCUGCGCGCAAAACAGCAAAGGCCAGUUCGGCGCGGCCGCCGGUUUGCUCGGACUGGGCCGGACCAGCAUCUCCUUCGUCGAACAAACCUCCCAGAAAUACAAACGAGUAUUCUCCUACUGUCUACCUUCCACUUCAAGCUCCACCGGCUACCUCAAAUUCGGCCCCGACGGAGGCUCCGGUAACGCAGUCAAGUUCACGCCGCUCAAAACUUUAUCCCAAAGCGCUACAUUUUACGCCCUUGACCUAGUUGGCAUCACCAUCGGUAGCCGUCAACUGAAGAUUUCAGCCUCUGUCUUUUCAAAGUCGGGGACAGUCAUCGACUCGGGGACAGUGAUCACGCGCCUCCCGGCCACCCCAUAUGCCGCAUUACGCGUGGCUUUUAGAAAAGCGAUGGAGAAGUACCCUUUUGCGAAGUCGAAGUCUGCCCUACUAGACACUUGCUAUGACUUUAGUGGACUUAAAACGGUGUCGUACCCGAAGAUAGGGUUUGUAUUUGGAGGUGGGGUUACGGUGGACUUGGACGCGACAGGGAUACUGUUCCAGACGAGUGGUUCGCAGUUUUGCUUGGCGUUCGCCGGAAACAAGGACGAUAAUAGCGUCGGGAUUAUCGGCAACGUUCAGCAGAAGAGGCUGCAAGUGGUGUACGACGUUGCUGGGGGAAGGAUCGGAUUUGGCUCUGCAGGUUGCCCCUGAUUGAUUAGCUACUUAAAUCAUUGCUGAUGAAGAUUUCUAACCGGUGGUACUGCUAAAUAUGCAGCUACCGAAAAAAUAAAGUUGUCGGUACGUAAUGAUCUCGUUGUUUUUGUGGUUCCGGUAAUGUCAAAGUGUUAGUUAUCUGUUAUUUAUCCUCCUUAUGAAUGUUUGUUAUCCUUUUUAAGAAAGCAGUAUUUUAAUAGAUUUGAAGUUCACUGAAA